AUGGGAUUUGCCACCCCAAAACCACUUUUCGAGGCAUCAUACCCAGAGGGGCUGUGUCCUGGCUGGAGUGUGAUAGUUAAAGGCGAAACAAGCUCCAGUGCAAAUAUGUUUGAAAUUAAUUUCCUCUGCAAUGCAGGAGACCAAAUCGCUUUCCACUUUAACCCUCGCUUCUCUGACUCCAAAAUCAUCUGCAACUCCUUCCUCUCCAGCCGCUGGGGGCCGGAAGAAGUAACUGACACCUUCCCCCUAAAAGCAAAGGAACCUUUCCAGAUUGAAAUCUACUCUGACCCAGACUAUUUCCAUGUUUCCAUUGAUGAAAACAAAAUCCUCCAGUACAAGCAUCGGCAGAAACAGCUCUCGGCUAUUACCAAACUGCAGGUCGUUAAUGAUGUCAGAAUUUCUUCAAUGGAAAUCACCAAACGGAGUCUUUAUUAGGCGCUAAAGUUGGGACAGGCUUUCCAGCCUAACCACUUUUAAGAGCCCUGCCCCAGUAGGCAACUGGUUACCCUCUCUCCUCCCUCUCCCACCCAUCAUCUGCUGUCUCCAGCAGGAAGGAUGUUGCUGGAGAACACUAUAGCACAGAGUUGUCAUGCCCAUGAUGUACUGUAUCCUAGCAAUACAAUGGCAAUACACAGCGAGCUCAUUAAUGUCAGUCAGUCCAGCUCCCUAGAGUCAUUCUGACACCAUGUGCCCUAGGGUGGAGAACUGGAAGUCUAGGCAUUUUCAUCCUUGUUUGUCGUAAUGAACAAUGGCAUUCCACACAGCAGUUUGUUGUGUGUGGCAGUAUGCACUGAAUGGUAAGAACAUUUGAAUUUUAUCCGAGCAAAUAUUCCUACUCCGGAAUAGGGUAUGGAUUAGCUACACUUCUCAGCUGUAGAUGUUGACCUAGGGGAUGUGUAAGAAUGAUGCCAGCAGAGAGGGGCAUGUGCCUACUGGAGCUUGGUACAAUGUCAACAUGA